GAGAGACGGCAGCGUGUGGCUUUGUCUGGCUGCUGGGAGAGGGCAGCGGGCAGCUUGUGCUUGUGGGUAAGUGGAAUGCAGCAAGUGUCUGAGGACUGAUUCAUUGAAGUGCUGGCAGCCGCGGACGUGUCUGGGUGCUGAUUCCCUUGCCGCCCGGAGAUAAAGGGAGAGGUUGAAGCUGCAAGCAGCUUUUAUUUCACAGCUAUCUCCGGAGCAACAGCGGAAGAGACCCGGGCUUCAGAUAAGCGCAUUUCACCCAAGCAGAACCUGUAUAUUUCCAGUUGAGAUCAGACUUGAUUGUAUGAGGAGCAGCCUGGCUGUUAGCGGACUGCUGCACCCGGCUGCACACACAGCCUCCCAGGAGGUGCAGGCAGGAAGGCUCGUCUCCGCCAGCCCUUCAUCUCCCUGGUCCGGAGACACCAGUGGGUACAGAUGGAGAGCAGGCAAACUUGAAGAAAGGGGGAAGCGACAGGUACACAGGAUGGUGACCAGGGAGAGGGCCGAGUGCCCGGACGAGCCGGACUGGGAGGAGAGACCCGAUGCAGGCAGCAAAUUCUUCCCCAAUGUGAAGAAACACCAUCACAAGCAUAACCUGAAGCACAGAUACCAGCUGCUGGAAACACUGGGCUGUGGAGCCUGUGGGAAAGUGAAGAAGGCGCAGGAGCGAGCCACUGGCAGGAUUGUGGCCAUUAAAUCUGUCCGCAAGGAGAAGGUUGAAAAGGAACUGGAUCGGAUCCACAUUCAGCGGGAAAUGGAGAUUAUGUCAUCUCUUAACCACCCCAAUAUCAUAAACAUUUAUGAAGUGUUUGAAAAUAAGGAUAAGAUCAUCAUUGUUAUGGACUACUGCAGUAACGGCGAGCUGUAUGAUUAUGUCAACGACCACCACAAACUCUCUGAGAGUGAAGCACGCAAAGCUUUCAGACAAAUCGUCUCUGCAAUUCACUACUGCCACAAGAAAGGAAUUGUGCACCGUGAUUUGAAGCUGGAGAACAUUCUCCUCGAUGAAAACCUUAAUGUGAAGCUCGCUGACUUUGGCUUGUCGAACUUGUAUCACGAGGAUCGCCUUUUGGAGACAUACUGUGGAAGCCCCCUUUAUGCUUCACCAGAAAUAGUGAAUGGACUCCCAUACCAAGGCCCCGAGGUUGAUUGCUGGGCCUUAGGAGUCCUGUUGUACACGCUGGUGUAUGGAACAAUGCCAUUUGAUAGUCAGAGUUACAAAACUUUAACACAGCAGAUCAGUCGUGGAGAAUACAAGAAACCUCCACAGAUGUCUGGUGCACAUGGCCUAAUUGAUUGGAUGCUGUCAGUGAAUCCAAGGAAGCGGGCAACAAUUGACGAUAUUGCAACCCAUUGGUGGGUUAAUUGGGGUUGUGGCACACCAGUUUGUGACUAUGUUUCUGAAAAUGACUCGCACUCACCUUUACUGGUGCAUUAUAUUGACUGGAAAAACAGUGCUGGAUAUUGUAAUCAAGGGAAGAAUGAAACGGAGGAUGCCCAGUGGUUGGUGAGUUCUGUACAUAAAUCUCCUACAGGAGAAAUCAGGGGAGAGGCUUGUUUAAAGAAGUCAAAGAAAGAAAAUGAUAUCACGCACCCACAAAGUGAUGCAAAAAUGCAAAAGAUAACUUACAAAGAUACAAAGAAAAAGCCAAAGGGAAUUUUAAAAACCAGGACCAGUGUCGACAGUGAUAUUUCAACUACAGUCAUAGACAUGCAAUCACAAUGGAUUGAAACGAAAACUACCAUAGCAGAAUCUACAACCAUCUGCUUUAAUGUAUACACAGUGCCAAACAAAGUCUGCAGUAACAUGCCAGUGAAAGGGAUCCUAAAGAACUCAUGCCAAAGAGAAUCUGGCUAUUCUUCUUCUCCAGAACGCAGUGAAUCUGUGGACAGGGAUACAGCUGCCAUUCCUUCAAAACCAAGUCAAAAGCAGUCAGAAAUGUUGACAUCGGGACAGGUUGUAUACAGGAAAAAGGGAAUUCUGAAACGAAAUGGAAAAUUUUCCAUUAGCUUAGAUCUGCCUGAUGAUUGUUCAACGUUCAGUCUUUCUGAUUCUUUCAAGGACCUGAUCUUAGCAAGUGGCAGGGAAAGCACGAGUCGCCCAUCCAGUGUAAUCAGUGAUGACUCCAUACUGUCCAGCGACUCAUUUGAUCUCCUGCAUUCCACAGCUGACGGCAAAAGAAGAUUGUUUACACAAAGUAAACAUGGCAGUAUCCACAGUUUAAUUUCAGAAGAUGAUUUAUUGGAGCUGGGUAAGACAGGAGGGGAACCACAAACUGCACAGAAUGUAGGCUCUGAAAAUGUUAACAUGGGAAAAUAAAUUCCCAUAAUGGAACACAAGGUGCAUGUUGAUGAUGAAGCUGAAGAAACCUGCACUCAUUUAAAGGAAAGGAGAAUGAAUUAUGGAUAUUCUUCUGCGUAAAUUAUACCCUAAUAUUAUUUCAACUGAACUAACUUGAAAAAAAUGGUAUUCAUUAGACCUAUCAUAAAGACUAUGUAUAGACAAAAUAAAUUAUUGUAAUUUUUAUUUAAAUAUCGCAUGAGGACAUUCACUAGCAAAAUGUACUUAUCCUAGUGACAAGGCUGAUAUGCUAAAUAACUCUUAUUUUAUUUAAAUACUGUACCUGCAUAUGCUGGUUUACACAAAAAGACACAAAGUGCUGGAGGAACUCAGCAGAUCAGGCAACAUCUCUGGAGAACCGGGCAGCACAGUGGUGCAGCAGUAGAGUUACCAAUUACAGCACCAGAGACCUGGGUACGAACCUGACCACGGGUGCUGUCUGUACGGAGUGUGCACGUUCUCCCUGUGACCACUUGUUUCUUCUCCAGGUGCUCUGGUUUCCUUACACAUUCCUAAGACGUGCAGGUGUGUUGGUUAAUUGGCUUCAGUAAAUUGUCCCUAGUGUGUAGAAUAGAAUUAGUAUACUGGUGAUUGUUGGUCGGCGUGGACUCAGUGGGCCGAAGAGCCUGUUUCCACACUGUAUCUCUAAACUAAACUUAACUUAACAUGGGCAGGUGACAUUUCAGGUCGGAACCCUUCUGCAGUCUGAAGAAGGGUCUUGACCAUAAACGUUGCCAAUCCAUGUUUUCCAGAGAUACUGUCUGACACCUUGAGUUACUCCAAUACUUUAGGUCAUUAUUUAUUUUACUUGCAUGCAUGCUUUGUUGAGAUAAGAUUCAUAAUGCUAAUGAUUACAAUGAAGGUAAGGGAUGGAAUUUUAAUUAGAUUUGUGAAUUAUUUCAGAUCAGCUUUUUUCCAAAACCAUCAUACAAAAUACUGAAUAUAUCACACAAUUGCAUUAUUCAAACUGAAUCUGUUUACAAAUGUAUGUUUUUUUGUCAGUGUUAAAGGUGGAGAAUUGAGAACUUGGUUAUGUAUGCUUACAUAUAAAACAUUGGCAUAUUUCAAAGUGGGAUUUGAAAAUUAGGUCAUUUGUUUCUGUCUUUGUUAUUAUGCCUAGAUCCAUUGGAACAAAAGGGCAUGAUGACUAGCAGUGCUCUGGCAACUGGCUUGAGAUUGCCCUGAAAUUAGAAACAUAGAAAAUAGGUGCAGGAGGAGGCCAUUCGGUCCUUCGAGCCAGCACCUCCAUUCAUUGUGAUCAUGGCUGAUCGUCCCCAAUCAAUAAAUCGUGCCUGCCUUCUCCCCAUAUCUCUUGACUCCAUUAGCCCCUAGAGCUCUAUCUAACUCUCUCUCUUAAAUCCAUCCAGUGAUUUGGCCUCCGCUGCCCUCUUUCAUUUGAAUUCUGGAUCAAACAAUUAAUUAAUUUUUAGGAGUGAAAUUUAGAAUUGCCUGCACAAUAAUAACCUGGUUAUCAAAAACAAAUAUAGGUUCAUAAGGGUUUAAAUCCUUUUGAUCUUUUUUCAAAUACAUUGUGGAAAAGGCAUGACAAUCCAGGAGCCCAACCAGCAAUUGAUAAAAUUGCUCUUGAAACAUUGAUGCUUGAAGGAAAUGAAGCCCAGGAAUAAAAUUGGGAAUCGAUUCACAAGUAGUUGAAGGGCAGACAUUCCAAGGUAUUUGUUUGAGGAGAUAUGUGCGAGUGGGUGUGGAGAUCAUGACCUCACAUAGAUCAGUGGUGGGCCACCUGGUUCUCAUAGUCAGAUGGCAUUAGGGUCGAUAACGUUUCUGAAUUAGGUCAUGAGAGCACAAAUUGGACUGAACAAAAUACAUAUGUGGUUAAGCAUAACGGCAAAAUAAAUUAACCUUGCAUUACACAUUUGGAGAAAAAGUAGGUGGCAUAAUUAGGUAUGAAUAUUGCUGUAUAUAGUUUAAAAAUAUCAGUAGAACUGACAGUCAACAUAGCCGAUUGUUGUGGAACAAUGAAAAAAACAGGAUUUAAAAAUGUCGAAUACAAAUGAGAUAGUGCUCUGGUCAAACCAGACUUUGUCUCUAGUUAGCACCACUACUGCUGAAAAACAGACUGGCAAUCUGCACUUUUCCAGGUUGGCUACUUUCUACACCAUAAUAUUGUCAAUUUCUCAACUUUUGCACUUAGUUUGAAAAAUAUAUUUAAAUGUCUGUUGAUAAAAUUAAAUCACUUGGAGAUAUGCAUUUUCCUAUAUUUGUAAAACAGCUCAAAACGAUCAUGUAAAAAGUGAUGGUCUUACCACUUCUUCAGUUUCUCACUUGACUCAAUGCAAGACAAAAAUACAAGACAUCGUAUUUUCACCAGUGCUUACUACCAAUGAUUGUGGAAUUUUACAUUUCAAAUGUUCCUGUAAAAAGUUAUUAAAAUAGAAUAUUUUGGAGAUUUUGUUUGA